AAUAACUAACAAAUAAACAUAACAUAAUAUUAUAACAUUUGCGCAUGAUGAUAUUUGAAUAGAGCUAAAUUUUUUUUAACAACACAAUCUUACAUUGGCAGUACUUAUUCGAAAAUAUUAAAAACAAACGAUAAUUAUUACUAAUAAAUAGCUUAAAUGUAAUUAUUACCGCCAUCUGACGAUAAAAUAUCAAAAUGAGCGUAUAGGUUAAUCACCUUUUGUCAAUUCUUAUCGGUUUAAUAAAGUCGUAAAAAGCAAGUUAUGGUGUAAAUCAUGCCUUCAUAACAUCAAGAAGCGUCGGUCGUAGCAUUCAAUCACCCACAGUAUAAGUGGCCGAGGCGUCGCCAGCGACCUACUUGUUGGACGCUCUAUCUCGACCGGAUCAAAAUGGAACCACUAGUCGUCGGAUUAUGCAUGUGCCUGUUAGUCCAAGUUGCUCAACAAAGUCCGAUGCUAGACGUGGAAACACGAAGGGCCAAUCGCAAAAAAGCCCAUAGCUUUAUAGAAGACAAGUUAAUCGAGCAUGGACAGGCCCUGGAGUUGAUACUGAAGUCUGUACAGAAGAAUGAAGACUUGACCAAAAGGCUUUUAGACAACAUGAGUUUAAGAAUAUCGCCGCCAAAACUCCCUCAGAGGAUCGAAGGGCCAGUUCUAACCUCUGGCAGGAGGGCCUACGAGCAGGCCGCCUUGCAUCCGGAAUUAAUGAAGGUUGGCGUAGCUAGGCCGAUGGCUCUAGUGACUGAAAAACCCUCAGGGUAUGCACCAAGGGAGGUGGACCCUUGGUGUCGCAACGCUGCGCUUUGUAAGGCCACUGGUAAGGACCCGGUUUGUGGCUUUGAUGACUCUUUUGGUCUUGGAAAAUUUGACAAUAUCUGCCACAUGGUGUACGUCAACUGUUAUUGGAAACACGGCAAGUAUUUUAUUAUGAUUUUAUUUUUUAGAGUUAACAGAUGACGACCUCGGUGGUAAAGUGCUUGCCUCUGAACCGAGAGGUCCCGGGUUCGAUCCCCGGUCGGGUCAUGAUGGAAAAUGAUAUUUUUCUGUUUGGCCCGGUUCUUGGAUGUUGAUCUAUAUGUGUAUUUGUUAUAAAAUAUAAUAUCGUUGAGUUAGUUUCCCAUAACACAAGUCUUCCUUACUUUGGGGCUAGCUCAAUCUGGGUGAUUUGUCCUAAUAAAAAAAAACUGUGCUUUGUGUGCUACAUACUUUUUGUAUCCUCCAAUAAUGGAAUAAAAUACGUAGUAAGGUUUCCGCCCUAGAAGAGCAUUCCAUAGCCAUGGAUAAAAAUAACCUUGACAGCUGAGAGGCAAGAGGAGAGACUGGGCUUUGAGGCGUCGCAGCAAAAUAGUAUUUACAUGUAUCAGGUAAGAGUCAUGCCCUAUUGCUCAGUCGUGCAAGGUGUCGACGACGCAAGACGUUGUAGUUAAGUACCUAAAUAGUUGUGCUUCGUUGUUUACUUAGGUCUUGGCACUGACGUGCGAUGAUGUAUUUAGUCGAAACUUCACACAAUAUCAAUGUUACCUGACAACGGAUGUCAACGUGAUGGAGCGCGACUGAGCAAUGGGGCAGGCUCUUAUGUUUAUCAAUAGAAGUAUUUCUAUCAUUAAAAAUAAACUUGUUUCAGAUUUUACUCUUGUGAAUUGCAAUCAAAACGCACAAGUAUAGCAUAGAAACUCCAUUCUUACAAUAUUUUUACGUAAGCUUAGUCAUCAAGGACAAAAUCCUGAAAAUCUUUUUAGAAAUAGCUACAUUUUGUAGGAUCUACAUAGACUUAUAUUAUAACUAUUUUUUUAUAAUAAAUAUCAAUUUUUGAGA